AUGAGCUCCAAUAACAUUCUAAUUAUUGUGGGUUUUGCUGCAAUAGUACCUGGUUUUUUACUGAUAACUCUUGUUGUUAGCCUCCUCUGUUAUUGCUACCACAACAAGUUCACAGAGAAUGAUCAGCUUGCUCAUGAUAGAGGAGGUUCUCUUGAUGUAGAGGAGGGGGGUGGUGGACAUGGAGGGGACGAGAGCAGUGACAAUAAUGGAGGGGAUGGUAGGAGUGAACAUGGAGGAGGCAAUGGUGAUGUAGAGGAAGGGACAGGUGGACAUGGAGGAGAUAGCGGUGAUGGAGGGGACAGUGGCGAUGCAGAUGGAUGGUAUGGGAGUGCUGAUGGAGAGGACGGUAACGUCGAGGAGGGGACUGGUCGACCAUGGGAGGUUGUCUUCUUAUUUUUAUUUUUAUUUUUGUUACACACUGUAGAAGUUCUACUUUAG